AUGUCUACCGACUACUAUUCGGACAGCGAGGCCUUCGCUGCUAGCCGUUCAUUACCCACACCCGCUGGAACUCCAUACGACUCCUUAUCACGACGGAGCUCCCAUCAUGAGAUACCAGUCAGCGACAUUGGCAGUUCGCCGCCUCCUAUGCCACCUGACCGAGGGUUCGGCUCAGGGGACGCCGCCAACGACGAGAACAUCUCAAUUCUUGACCCCCGUCGUUUCACACCAACAUUACAUGCGAACCUAGUCUCGGAGAUUCUUAACUUACGUCGGGAACUUGAUUCGAAACACAGAUUCAUCGAUGAUCUGGAGGCCAAUCUAGAUGCAGCCCGAUCUGACAAUGAAACACUUGCCAAACAGCUGGCUUCCUCCAACAAGGAAUGCAAAAUAGCCAAGCGCCAGCUUCAGCACUUUGAGAAUGAAACCCUUUCCGCCUUGGAGGAGAUCGCAGGGGAGAGAGACAAAAUGAAGGAAGCCAACGUUGAUCUACGGCAGAAGCUUGCUGCAGCAGAAAAAAGGACUCGAACUCAAGAUGACGAUUCCACCAAGGUGCACGACAUGUGGGCUCGCGAAAAAGAAGAAUGGGCUGGGGAAAAACGAGCGUUGGAACGACGGGUUCACGUAUCCGAAACUAGGCUGAAGAUGCUUCUGGACGAGAUUGCCAUGCACGAAAAGGCCAAUGAAGAGGCUCGCAUCGCAAGCGAUACAGAAGAUGCUGCCGGAGAUGCAGGCGUGCCAGAGAGUGAAGCAGGCAGCGUACGCUCUUCGCCCCAGCGAAGACCAUCUACUCGCAUCGGGCGCCACUCCAGGGAUCGAAGUAAUAGCAGUUGGAAGAGCAUUGGAAGGAAUUACCGUAUGUCUCUAAUGAGCGCUGAUGGGUACACUCGUGGAAACGGUAUGAGUCUUGCCGAUGAACUCAUAUUUGACGAGGAGGAGGAGGAACUGGACGAGCUGGAGCUUGAUUCUGAUGACUUCACCGAGCAUGAGAUGAGAGCGCGUAGGGUGCGGGAGUCGCGACAGUCGAUGUUGCCUGACGAAAAAGCAAAACGCAUCCUAGGCUUAAGUAAUGAGUCCCAGCAUGGCACUCGGGAUAGCCCUGCUACAUUGGUCGAGGAGCCGGAGCCGCGCAAGGGAUCCUACGAAACAGAGCAGUCCUCUGUGACCCUAACGUCACGCGAUACCGUUUUAGUCUUUCCACCGCCACGCCCUCUCUAUGUUGACACUGGGGUCCAACCUACUCCUCCACCAUCCCCGAUCAAGCCGGUAAUGAUAGAAGCGGGUUCGCAAACCACCGAACCUUCUCCUCAGAUAAAACUGAAUGACUGUGCAUCUACUGCAGCAGAAAUAGAAGCCAACCAGAGUCGGAAACGGGUGUCUGUGCCCGUGAGCGCCAGCUCAACACCCCAUGUCAUCUCUGAAACAUGCAUCAUGAAAUCGAGCUCUGUACAGACCGUUGAGCCUUUAAGCCCGCCGCCUACCCCCAAGAUCCCUGUGCCCUCGGAACAGGCACUCCUGCCACAAGCCAUUCAAGUUGAGCUAGUCUCCACAGCCACACAGACAGAUACCUUGGUCCAACCAGAUGUUGCGCCUGAGAUACCCAAGAGAGCUAAUCCGCCAGCUCCUAUUCCAAUCCCGUCGAUUGCCAUCCACGCCCCGACAUCAGCGCCUUCGUCACCUAAAGCUCCUAUUCUUCCUCCGGGCACCAAGACUGUAUCGACACAGACAAGUGGAGAUCUUGUAGCUCCAAUGCAGUCAACGGCAAUGCAGACCGAACCCAUCAGGAUUGACCAAAGACCGGUCAAGCUCCCGCCGCAUCUCCUUCCGUCUGCUAUUUCUUCUAAGCCCGGAACACCCGAGACGAACAAUGAUGGAGUCGCCAGAAAAGAUUUCCAACAUUUGGCCACAGAUGCCCCUGGACAGCUCACAUCGAAGAUAGCUGCUCGCCAAAAUCUCACUGCUCGCCUCGAAGAGGCUGCGGAUAGGGAAGUGGAGAACCGUUAUCCUGGAAACAAUGAUAACGGGCCAUUGUCUGGUCAGAUGCACUCAGACGCACUUAGUCGACCAUUCCGCACAAGCAGUCUGUUCGCUGGAUUCGAUGGUCCGUCGUCUGAGGAAGAAGACGCAGAAGGUGAACUCAGCGAUGAUGAAUUCAGGGGCCUUCAAUACUCUACGGCAAUGCUAUCGUCACGGAAUGCGAAGAAUGGACGACCAGUAAACCCUCCGACACCUGUGCCAGAAGACAAGGAAACCUCGCCGAAUCCCAGGCCAUCAGUGGACUCGGUUAACAGCGUGAACAUGCCUUCAAUGCGUAGCUCCAUGGAGAAACCGGUCAAGAUCGGCAAGGCUCAACGUACAGUGAUUAGCCGCCAGCCCAGCAUCCGUCGAUCUGCAAUGAUACAGAGCAGCUCUGCGGUUCACGCCCGUACUCGCAGUGGAAGUGUUGGCAGUAUAACAUCAAACAAUUACUUGCCCAAGCCACCAUUCCCAGUUCCUACCCGGUCCAGUUCACGCAACAAACCAAUGAGCAAAAGCGAGGGCUCGCAAAGCCCGACACCCCGUAACAGCGGUCCGUAUACUGGACGCCGUCCGUAUGGCGUGAAGCAUCAAAGAAAAGAAAGUAUACGGAAAGUGCGAUCCGCUGCUCCUGUAACAAAGGCUAGCCGCUCUCGCAGCAGGUCUCCCACGCUUCCAGCCACUCCAAACAAUGACGACACCUAUUCAAUCCCACCGCUCCCAAGCGAUAUUGUCAGUGCUAGUGGCUUCCAACACCGACAUCAACUUUCAAACGCCACCGCAGCCACAAGCUAUACUGCCAAUGGCUCUGUCAACAGCUCGGCCAGUCAAACAAGUGUUGUUGAUGCAAUUGCAGCAUCAAUGAUUGGAGAGUUCAUGUGGAAAUAUGUCCGUAAGAGGAAGCCCUUUGGCGGUCCUGAGACAUCAACAGACAUCAAUCGGGCAGCAGAAGAAGCUUCUCUGGCCACCCAUGGCGUGAGACACAAACGUUGGGUUUGGAUCUCACCGUAUGAGAGAGCAAUUCUCUGGAGCAGCAAGCAGCCAACAUCUGGAUCUGCACUGAUGGGAAAGAGCGGUCGCAAACUCAUCAUUCAGUCUGUUCUCGAUGUUGCAGAUAACUGCCCUCCUCCCAAGAAUGAGACCUUGUUCAACCGCUCAAUCCUCAUCCUUACCCCAAUGCGCGCUCUCAAGUUUACUACGACGUCGCGUGAGCGCCAUUACUUGUGGUUGACGGCGCUUUCCUUCCUUGCCCGUUCAACUGCACCCAUGCCGGAUGUUGGAUCUUUGCCACCUGUACCACCGCCAAUUGAGGAACCUGAACAUCGCCAAGGUGCGACACUUCGACGUAGCCGCGUUCAAGAUUCAGUGCGUCUGGCGAAAGGCCGGGUAAACCCGGUUAUGGCACGCUACGCGUUGCAGGAUGAGCCUAUGCCUAGUCUGCCUUCAUUCCCCAAUCUCGAAGAGCCACUGGAAGAAGAACCUGCCAGCCCACCUGUUAUUCGACGUGGUCCACAACACAGCAGGAAGAGGAGCUCGACUGGCCCAAGCGCGCCUCCUCCGAGUGUUCCAUUCCGAAGUUUCUCCCACCAACAUGUACCGUCGGUAUACUCGAACGGCUCAUCCGACAUGUAUAGUGCUGGCGUACCACCGUCAAUACCCUCGUCAGAAUACAACCCCACAGGUGGUGCAAUGAGUUCCCGAACUUCUGAGGCUAGCACGUCAACCCGUCAACAGUUUUUCGAUACCAUGGGCACCGUUCGCAUGGAGGCGUUUAUUGACAACGCUCUUGGUGAUCAAAAGCAUUCGGCCAGUGGCUCAGCUCGGGCACAGUACAUGCAGCACCGUCGUCGUCGUGGAAGUAGCCAGUGGAGCACUAGCACCCGUGAUCAGUCUAGUCGUGGUGCUGGUCUCUUCGAUUUCGACAUUGGUAACGAUCCCUUCCGCAACUUCUAA